CCAAGCGUAAACCGGUUUGUUGUCAUAAUCUCUGCUUACGGAGUGUCUACAAUCCCUGUUAAUGCCCAAUAAGGGAAACGGCUUCCAUACGUAAGCGAGAACUAAAUCCAAGUGGUUGGCAGAGCAUAUAAACAGAGAGAAGUCUUGCUUCAGGGUUUCAAGCUGUUUUUCAUCUCUUUCAAAUCUUGUUGAUACAGUAAGCCCCAGCUCAAAUCAUUGCCAUGUCGAAGCCUUGGGUCGACGGUCCGUUUACACUUAUUAGCAGCUCCAGAUCUGGAGACUCGCUCAAAAAACCCGCAACUGGAGCCAGGAAGCUGGCUGCAGAAAUGACACUGGUUCACAAUGCCCUCAUUCGCGGCAUCAACGCCGUGUAUCUUCAAUGCAACAACGUUGCAAGUCAGGGCACUAUCCAAGACAGGCAAGACUUUGCCAAUUUUGCCUAUGCAUGGGGUAAAAUGGUCCAUGAGCAUCACGACUUAGAAGAGACAGACAUCUUCCCCGCAAUUAACGAGCUGACAGAAGCACCUGACUUGAUGAACGCCAAUGUUGGUGAGCACAAACAGUUCGAUGAGGGCUUGAAAACCUACUUCGACUUUCUCGAGAAAGUCAAGAAAGAAGAAGAGACGUUGGAUGGCAUGAAACUUCGAAGCAUUAUUGAUGGGUUCAUGCCGGCGCUGAGGACUCACUUGGAGAAUGAGAUCGACACACUUCUUGCCCUAGAGAAGUAUGAAAACAAAGUUGAUUGGGGAGAUUGGUUCCAAAAGAAAAUGAGCGAAAUGACAAGUAAGGCUAUGAAGGACGCACGAUAUCGGAAUGAAAUUUUUCCACUGGCGAUUAUUUUCCAUGACAAGACGUUUGAGGGAGGCGUUUGGAAAAACUUCCCACCGGUCCCUCGGCUGUUCUUACUGGUACUACAGUGGCUGUGUAUGAAUACACACAAAAGUUGGUGGAGGUUUGCGGGCUGCGAUUUCCAGUCCAAGCCGCAACAGCUGCCUUUUGCCUAG